AUGAGCACAUUUAAUGUAAAAGAAGAUUAUUCUAGUAAAUAUGAAGAAGAAUUAAGCAAUGAAACUGAUAGAAGGCUUAUGAAUUUCCCAACGUCACGAAAUGUAGACAUAACACAUUCAUCCUUUUGUUUUCAAAAUAUCGAGCCUGACUAUUUUAUAACCAAUGAUUAUAAUAGAUCUUUAGAAAAUGACAAAACUGGAGAUAUAAUAUUUGAAAAAGACCAUGAUAAAGAAAGGAAGAAAAAUGAAGAAAAAAAAAUAUUUCUUUUUGAUUUAUCUGAUGAACAAAAAAUGCAAGUAGAAAAAUAUAAAAUAAACAAGAUAAUACAAAAUGAGAUGUAUUUAAAAAAAAACAAAGUUUUAAAAUAUGUUAUUCAAAUAUUUUUAUCUGAUUUGUUAAAAGAGAAACCGGAUAAUGUUUAUGAAUAUGCAGCAAAUUAUUUCACUAAACCUAACUUAAAACAAAUUAUUUUACAAAAGUUGAAAAAUAUUUUAAAUCGUUUAUAG